AUGAAGAAGAUCAUAGCAGAAGGCAAGCCGUACCUCUUUCUCUUUGCUAUGAUGGACAUCAAUGCUGGGGAAGAGAUAACAUAUGAUUAUGGACAAGCAGAUUGGCCUUGGAGGAAACAGGAUGGAAGCCAAUCUCCUAUGAACCUCUCAAUCUCUAGAACCAUGGAGCAGGAUCCUCAGAGCACUUCUGUUUCCCAGAUUGAGGGCUCUGAUGCAACCGGUCUGAACAAAGUUGGAGUAAAUAUUUCCAUUGUCGACUACACAGAUUCUGAUGAAUCUCAGACUCCAUCUAGGAAUCCUGUUCAUGUUAACAGAUGUUUUCAGAUAUCAAGUCCAAGUUCUGCCUCUGACUAUGAACUCAGCCUCUCCAAAAAGGGUUACCACCAAGUUCCUAUCCCUAGGCUUAGGAGGACCAAAAGCAUACAGAUGAAAAACUGGAUUGAUUUGGAUUCGGAUGAGCUUUUUGACUCAACCUCAGCUGACAGUGGAGAGGAAUAUAUCCCAAAGACCAGUGAAGAUUCUGAUGGUACAGACAUCAGUGAAGUUCUUGGGCCCGUCAAACAGAGAGAGAGCCAGAGAGACAGUUUGCUUCAAAGGCAUGUGGAUGACAUUGAAGAUAGUGUUUUUUCCCCAACAGAAGCAAGUGCCUCUUCAAAACAGUUGGUUUAUAGAGGACGCUCACCCUUAAGAAAGAGAUGCAGCCGUGGUACAAGACGUAAAAGGCAACGUUUAACUAGUGUGUCCUGUGCUACAACACCAACUAGGAGUGGUAACUCAUCAAAACUGAGUGAAAUAGGAGACACUGGUUCCCUGUUAGAAAACUCAAUUCCAGAUCUGGACCAGAAUCUUCCUGACAGUGCCUCUUCACUCCUUACAGAAGAUAGAGAUUCUGAUGAUUCACUCGUCAUACCUACCAUCUGUAAAAAGGAGAACGGUCAAGAAUAUACAACAAAAAGCAGUUUUGUCUUUACUGUAAGUUGGGAGUUGUUAAAAUUGCAAGACAUUUGGAGCGGGCUCAUCCCAAUACGACAGAGGUUGCAGAGGCUUUAUCCUUUCCUAAACGCUCAAAAGAAAGACGAAUGCAUCUGGAACAUUUGA